AUGGAGAGGGCUCUGGCAGAAGCAGACUUGUUCCACAAGACUCUGGACGCUAAGAGGAUGGAGUCAGCCUUCCGUUCACCUCCGGGUCUGGACUUGUCCCAGCAAGGAGACCGCUCACCUCUGCACUGCUAUGACGGGCCGGACCCCUCCGACCUCCUGCGCCACCACCAGACCUCUGCCCUCCAGUCCGGGUCGGUGGGAGACACUUUAGCGCUGGCGGCUGCCAGUAUGUGCGCCAAGUUCGGUGCAGAAGGCUCAGGCAGGGGGAUGGCGGAGAGCAGCGGAGGAGAGGACCAGAGUCCCGAUGAUGACAGUGACGGGCGCUGCGAGCUGAUCAGGCCGGGGGAUCACAGGUCCUCCCAGCCUGGGAUGAAGUCUGACGCGCCCUGUGGACCAGGCGGUGGGAAGAAGUCUAAGGAGCAGCGAGCCCUGAGGCUGAACAUCAACGCCCGGGAGAGGAGACGCAUGCACGAUCUGAACGAUGCCCUGGACGAGCUGAGAGCCGUCAUCCCCUAUGCCCACAGCCCCUCAGUCAGGAAGCUUUCCAAGAUAGCCACCUUGCUUUUGGCUAAGAACUACAUCCUCAUGCAAGCCCAGGCGCUGGAAGAGAUGAGAAGACUGGUGGCUUAUCUCAACCAAGGCCAGGCCAUCUCUGCUGCCUCCAUCCCCAGCGCUGCCGCCGCCGCCGCCGCCGCCGCCGCUGCCCUCCACCCUGCACUUGGAGCCUACGAGCAGGCGGCGGCCAGCGCAGGUUACCCGUUCAGCAGCGUGGCCACCACCUGUCCGGACAAAUGUGCCCUAUUCAACAGCGUGUCCUCCAGCCUGUGCAAACAGUGUACUGACAAGCCUUAA